UAUUUAGAAUAAAUUAUGUCUUGUCUAAACUCAUGGCCAAUCCUUAGUUUUAUUCCUUCAAGUCUUGCAACUAAGGUAAAGAAAGCUUUUGUAUUUGGAGGUGCAGGAAAUGAAGCGUUGCUAACACUAACCAAUGGUGAUGUUUAUGCACUAGGGUUUAAUGGAAAUGGCUGCUUAGGGGUUGGAGAUGGUUCAAGUACAUUAGAGCCUAAAAUAAUUGAACAAUUAUGUCAGAAAGAUAUUGUUCAACUUGCUUAUGGAAUGGGUCCUCAUGUUUUAGCAGUUACAGAUUCUGGUGAACUGUAUAGUUGGGGUCAUGGUGGAUAUGGUCAACUUGGUCAUACAUCUGAAGAAAAAUCUAAACCAGUUUUGGUUUAUAUGCAGAAAAAAGUAAUUCAAGUUGCUUGUGGUUCGUAUCACUCAAUUGCUUUAACUGAAGAUGGAGAGGUUUAUGCUUGGGGCUCAAAUAACUGUGGUCAACUUGGUUUGGGUAUAUCAAACAACCAAGCUACACCAAAGCGAGUUUCUUUAAUACCUUCAAAGAAAAUAGUUUCAGUUUCUUGCGGCCAGUCUUUUACUGUUAUGUUAACUACUGAUGGAGAAUUGUACUCUUGGGGUUACAAUGGUAAUGGUCAACUCGGAAUAGAAAAUAAUACAAAUCAGUUGCAACCUGUUCGAGUUACAGGAUCUCUUUUUGGAAAAUUUAUAGAAAAAAUUGUAUGUGGAAUGGCACAUGUACUUGUACUCACUGAUAUUGGUGAGUUAUACAGUUGGGGUGCAAACUCAUAUGGCCAACUUGGUCUUGGAACUACCCAUAAUACAUCUGUACCAACACUCAUUAACACAACCACUGAUGAUAGGUGGUCGGAUAUUGCAGCUCAUCACUAUAAUCAUAUAUCUGCUGGUGUAACUAUAUCUGGAAAGAUCUAUAUGUGGGGGCAUUGUCAUGGAUUAACCAUAUUAUCACCAAGAGAAGUUGCUGUAAAUAAUCUUGAUGGAGUAUUUUCUUGUUUUGGAAUGCCACAGAUAAUGUACAAGUUCAUUGAUAUUGAUCAUGAAGAGAACCAAACUAUAAAAGAAGCUAUUGCAAAGUCAUUUAAUGAAUCAGAAACAAGUGACAUAACAUUUCUUGUUGAUGGAAAAGAAAUACAUGCACACAAGUCAAUACUCAAAAUCAGAUGCCACUAUUUUCGUAAUAUGCUUCAUUCUAACUGGAAGGAAUCAGAUAAAAGGGAAAUUGAAGUGGCGCAGUUUAGUUAUAAUGUGUACGAGGCGUUUAUUCGAUACUUGUAUACUGAUUUUGUAGAUUUACCUCCCCAUGAUGCCAUUGCAUUGCUCGAUUUAGCUGAUGCUUAUUGUGAAUUACGCUUAAAGAAACAAUGUGAAAAUAUGAUUAAAAAAGGUAUAUCCAUUGAAAAUGCUGCCAUGCUUCUCGAGACAUCGAUAAAAUAUAGUGCAAAGAGCUUAGAGGAUUAUUGUUUCCGAUUUGCAUUGAACCACCUUACUGCUGUUACUCAAACGGAAGCUUUCAGAAAUCUCGACGGUGAGACAGUAAAGGCGUUCAUAAUAAAAGCAGGUAUAAGUGGAGCAUUCAAAAGGUAAAAUAUCGGAAUAAAGUUAGUAAUAUAUAGAUAUAGUUACAUAUUUCUGGCCGAAGUAAAGUUUUAUAGCCACCUGGCAAGCGUGUGGUUUUGCACCAAAAAACUUGAGCAGCUGGGCUUUCUCUAUCGUAAAUAAUGUUAAUAAUGUAUAUUUAUUCACAGAUAUUUAUAUUUUGUUUAUAAGUUUAAUCAGAAACAUUUUCAUUUUUUUUGUUGUUGUUGAUAUUUUUAUUAUAAAAAUGUUGUAAUAGUAAACUAAAUAAUGUUAUGUUUAUUUAUCUUUUAUAAAUAUGAAAAUUGUUAUAUUGAAGACAAAUUAUAUUAGAAUUUUUGAAUUAACUAAAAGAAAUUAUUUUUAUUAUUUUAACGUUUUUUUUUAAAAUACAUGAAUAAAAUAGUA